GAACAUGUCUUUGUCUAGGAGGGGUGUGGUCAGUGCCAUUUGUACUCAUAAAGGGCGUUCUCCAGGAGCCAGCAUAGCCUUAUCCAGUCACCCAAGUGACUUGCCUUGUCUAGAGUUCAGAGCCUGAAGAUGAAGAGCCUGGUCCUGACUGUCAUCCUGUUUUGUCUGAUGCCUGUCCUACAGGCCCAGGAUGACCUGCCCUUCCUAUCAGAAGACAGGAAUGUCUCAGGGACCUGGUACAAAAAGGCAAUAGUAUACGAUGUCAACUCCCCAGAGUUAAUCUCAAUGGAAGAAUUCCCCUUCGUUGUCAGAAUGUUACACAAGGGAAGUAUGGAGGUCACUAUAUAUUGUGUGCUUAAUGGAGAGUGCAUCCGGAUUGAUUUCUUGAUGGAGAAAACUGAGAAACCUGGCAUGUACAGAGCCUUUUGGAAUUCACUACUUACAUACGUCUAUGAGCUGCCAGUGAUGGACCACUAUGUCUUCUACAGUGAACUCAAGUUAAUUGAGAAAAAAGUCUAUGCGGGAGAGCUCAUAGGGAAGGACCCCAAAGAAAACCCUCAGGCCCUAGAAGAGUUCAAGAAAUUCAUACAGUCAAAAGGCUUUCCACUAGAAAACAUCAUUGUGCCUCAGCAGAGAGAAAUGUGUGUCCCUGAAGUUAGUAAUGCUGUCCCUCAGGACUGCAAACCGAGAGUCAACCCUGUCUUUAAUGGAUCGUAGUACUUUUCCUGGAGUGCUCUUCUCCAUGACCACACAACGUUGAGACAUCACCUUCAAGACCAUCUCAUCAUAGAUACUAACUACACACUGGACCACACUCCUGCCAGGACCCCCUAUCCCAAAUCCAAGUAAAGCCUUAAGCAUCUAUUCUGGA